AGUCGAUCGAGUGAGACGAGAGAAGUUUUGUCUGUCUUUUUCCUUUUUGCUGCCGGGCCAGCCGAGCGUUUAUAAUAAUUAAUUAUUAUAAAUGAUCUGUGGCAAAGUUGUUUCGCGGGUUGAAUAUUUACCAUUAAUCAGCCUGGACGGGUUCACUGACUAUCGUGAUCCGGGGUUGGGGAAGCGUUUCGCGGUGGACCGGGUGAGAGGGACCGGGGUCCGGGCCGCCCGCCUCUGCUCCUUGUGCCCGGCCCUCGGCUCACGUUGAUGGGGAGGAGAGAUGCUGAAGGCGCCGAGCUGGAAGUCGAAGCCGCAGGCGGCGGCGGUGUCGGGCCGCGGCCCGCUGCGGGAGCGGCUGGGCGACCUGUGGCAGGAGAAGCACUGGGUCCUGUUCAAGCCGCGGUUCACGGUGCCGGUGGCCGCCUGCCUCUGGGUGGCCGAGAUCUGCGUCAACCUCUGGGUCAUUCACAGGGUGCCCUACACAGAAAUCGACUGGAGAGCCUACAUGGAUGAAGUGGAAGGUGUGAUUAAUGGAACAUAUGAUUACACUCAGUUGAAAGGAGACACAGGACCGUUAGUUUAUCCCGCAGGGUUUGUUUAUAUCUUCAUGGUGCUGUACUACAUCACAGAUCAUGGAGUGAAUAUUCACCUCGCACAGUAUAUGUUUGCCAUUUUUUACCUCAUCACACUGCUGCUGGUCUUUAGGAUUUAUAAUCAUACAAAAAAGGUUCCACCAUUUGUGUUUUUCUUCAUGUGCUGUGCUUCCUAUCGGAUCCAUUCUAUCUUUAUUCUUCGACUCUUUAAUGACCCUAUUGCCAUGAUGAUCCUCUACGUGGCUGUGAACCUCUUUCUGAACAAUCACUGGUCACUAGGCUGUUGCUUCUUCAGUUUAGCUGUUUCCAUAAAGAUGAACAUUUUGCUCUUCGCUCCAGGAUUGUUAUUCCUUCUCAUCUUUGAGUUUGGAUUGGUGCGGACCAUCCCAAAGCUGGGCAUCUGUGCUGCGUUGCAGGUUGUGUUGGGUUUGCCCUUCCUAAUGGAAAAUCCAGUUGGAUAUGUAGCAAGAGCAUUUGACCUUGGCCGCCAAUUUCUCUUCAAGUGGACAGUGAACUGGCGUUUCCUACCUGAGAGUGUCUUCCUCAAUCGUUACUUCCACCUUGCACUGUUGGUGGCACAUCUGACUGUUUUGAUUCUCUUUGCAAUCUGCAGAUGGAACAAAUCUGAGGAGGGAAUUCUUUCACUUCUGAAGGCCCCAGAGGAGAGAAAAACACAGCACCAAGCUGUAACCACAAAUCAGAUUAUAUUUGUUCUCUUCACCUCAAAUUUCAUUGGUAUUUGUUUCAGUCGAUCACUACACUACCAAUUCUAUGUCUGGUACUUUCAUACUCUGCCAUACCUUUUGUGGAGCACACAUGUGAAAAAACUUGCUCAUCUCCUCAAAGUUCUUAUUUUAGGACUAAUUGAGAUGUCUUGGAAUACAUAUCCCUCAACUGUGUAUAGCUCGAUCUCACUCCAUGUGUGUCACGUGAUUAUUCUGCUUUCUCUCUGGUACGGCCAUGCUGAUCCUGAGGAGGGUACACAAAGUGAAGACCAGGAUCUAUUGAAAAAGAGGAAAUGAUUUAUUGGACUUAAAGAUAGGGCUCCAGCAAGCAAUGAUAAUAUCAUUACAUUAAUAUAGUUAAGAGGGAAAAUUAAGAAAAAAAUCUGGUGGCCAGUGGCUACCACUCUGAAGUAUUUUAAGGAUUUGUUGUCCUGGAGCCACUAUAGACACAAAAAAAUUCAUGUGAAUUUGACACCUGCAACCUUGAUUUCUGAAUGUCACUUUGCACUUGCCUGCAGCCCAGUGAGGUUUUUCUCCCUCACUGUCUUCUAAAGCGUGAGGUUCACAGGGCUUUAAGUCUGAGGAUGGACACAAAACAUCAACAUUGGACUUAUCUGUGGAAUAGUGCAGGUUGAUAGCUUUAGGUUAAUUUUUCUUCAUUGUGUGAUUUUUUUUUCAAUUUCGGAUGCUUUUAUUUACACUUCCUGGCACAUAAAAUAGUCCUUUAGAAGGUUUGUGAACUAAAGUAAGUGGCAGUUUCAAGAAUUCACUUUUUAGAAAUCAUUUUUCGUGAGAUUUUUUUAAAGUAUGUUUUUGUCUUUAAAUGAUUGCAUUAGAAUUUUUCUGAUUAAAUGAUGGAAUGGAUUACAGUUUAACUGAAGUCCAGUUGUCUAGUUACACGAGGAAGUAUGGCAGAACCAGAAUAAAAGCAGUAACUAACUGUGUCAUACCUAAAUGGGAUUUCUAUAUAUUGUCCAUUUGAGCUAUAGGUUACUCCUAUAUUUGUCCUGUGGAGUUAGGAAAUCUAUACAUGUGAGAUGUAAGUGGAGAAAGCUAUAUAAUCAUUUAUAGAACAAGAACUGACAUUUGAGUAUAGGUCAACCAUGGCGAUGUUUAUUUUUAAAGCACACAGUGCAAGGAAAAAAUUCCUAGAGACAUGAUGCAUAAUUUCCACUUAAUGCCACAGAUUUCUUUGUUUAUGAUGUAUGGUCUAAAGUUUUGCUGAAUAGAUUUUAAAAAAGUAUUUUUGAGUGUUAAAUUUGUAACCAAUGGGAAAUAAUUUAUGAAAAAGUUUUGGUUGCAUAUGAUUUCUGUUUGGCAAAAUCGUCCUCUUCAAGCAGUAUAUACAGCUCUCAAUUGAAAAUAAACAAGUUAAAAUGCAGUCUUCAUUACAAUAGGAAUUUUUCACAUUCUUUCCACCACACACCCCCCCUCCCCCACACCUUCCCAAACAUGUGUCCUACAAAUGGAAAAUAGCAGCUUUAUAUGGCAUUAAAGUUCAAUUCAAUGAAUCUUGAAGGGCCUACCAUGGUUACAUGGUUGCAAGAGGACACUAGCUUUCAUAAUUACUGAACCAAAGCAACCUCUGCACCCCAAACGUGGAGAAUAAUAGUAAGGUGAUCUAAAACUCCACAAACUUUAACUCCUGGGAUACUGCUGCUCCACUAAAGUAGCAAAAAUUUGUAGCAGAGGGAAAGGGUUGACCUUAACUCCAGACCACUCCAAUGCCAAAGUGGCAGAAAUGUUGAUUGAGUGUCCCUGUAGUACCUCAGCAAAUAGCACUUUAAAUUUUUGGUCAUUAUCAUCAGGAAUCUAGUCUGGUCCAACAGGCAGGCAUCCUACUUCAGAGCAAGGGUCAUCUGGGAAGAUUAAACAACCCAACUGUGUCAGGGCUAAGAGUCAGCCUUUGGGAGCUCUGGCCUUGGGCAGCUCGUUGUGUUAUAUAAUUCCCUGGGUAUAGAAAAAGACUUGAACCCCCUCAAGACCAUCCAGGAUACUUCAGCACAAGACAAGGGUCUUAGUUCAUGACUAUUUUUGUGUCUGUUUAUCUUGGAUCUGCCAAGAUCAGCAGAGAUUUCCAGUCUCAAGAUGCUCUGUAUCCUUGAUGAUUGCCAGUUUUAGCAGUGUGUAUAUAUAUAUUUUUUAAAGAAACAUAGUAUCUGUCUCCACUGAAAGGUACAUAGAAAUUAACUUGGCUAAUACCCUAUGUCUCUGGGGAAACCUGGGGAGUUUUCUUUUGCUUGCUCCUUUGUAAAUUAAUCUCUAAUUUUGGAGUCAUUAUGACAGUCCAGCCAUUCUGAAAGGUACUAAUCACAGAGGAAACGUGCACAAGUCCAGAAGACCCACAGUGCUUUCCCUAUUUUAAUUGAUCAACGUCUGUUUCUCCAAAGCCUUGUUCUUUUGUUGGCCUAAACUUCAGACCAUUUAAUUUGAUGGUGUUUGAUAAAGUAUUUUGAAACCAUCCAUGUACAUCUGCAUCAGUAGACAUGGGCAAUCCAUCACUGCAGUGUGCUUUUUAAUGACCUUCAUCAGCAUUUCAGUCUUAAUUGCGCUGUCCUUAAAGUGUUGUCAAAAUGUUUUGGAAUUUUUGUAUAUUUUCUGAAAAGAAUGUGCCUAUAAAUUGCUCUAACUCAUUCUGCGGGCAAAUAUGAUUUCCAUGCCUUUCAAAAGAAAUGGCUUUCUGCCCUGUGUAGUUGACUUGCCCUGCUGUGUGGUUGUGCAAAAGUAGAAAGGAAGAGAAGGUGUUUAGAGGUACAAAGUGCUUGAUGUCUCUUGGUGGAUGUGGAACUUGUUUGUGCAGCUCUACCAGUUGUCUGGAUAAAUGGUAAAAACCAAACCAGUCUGCAGUGUGUGAACAAAAAUCAAGAUGGAUAGCCAGGGCAAUAUUUUAAUUGACAUAAAAGGAUGUCCAGCUUCGGGAAUAACUCCCUUAAGACAAAAUAAAAAAAACAACU